AUGUCUUUGACUGUUUUUUUGGGUCUACUACUGGCUUCAGGUGGAGUUCCUUUUGUUCGGAGCUCCUGUCCUUCUCAAUGCAGCUGUUUUUAUCACAACCUAAGUGAUGGAUCAAGAGCCAGGAGUGUGAUUUGCAACGACCCAGAGAUUUCCCUUGUGCCUGCCACUUUCCCACAGGAUACCUCUAAACUUCGAAUUGAAAAGACUGCCAUCAAGAGGAUCCCGAGCGAGGCUUUCAGUUACCUAUCAAAUUUAGAAUUCCUCUGGAUGUCUUUUAACAUUUUAGCCUCUCUCAACUCGGACAGUUUUCGCGGUCUGUACAAUUUAGAGGAAUUGAGACUAGAUGGAAAUUCACUGACAUCAUUUCCAUGGGAAUCGCUAAUGGACAUGCCUAGUCUUAGGCUACUAGAUAUACACAAUAACCAGCUCUCCUCCAUUCCGUCUGAGGCAGCUCUCUACAUGAAAAAUUUAACCUACCUGGAUCUAUCCAGCAACAAUCUGCUGACUGUGCCAUCUGAGGUUCUUAGUAUUUGGUUAACAGUCAAACCUAUCCAGGGACCUGAAAGUUCAAAAAUGAUUCUUGGUCUCCAUGACAACCCUUGGUUGUGUGAUUGUCGAUUAUAUGACCUGGUUCAGUUCCAGAAAUCUCCCAGUCUGUCGGUGGCAUUCAUCGACACAAGGCUCAGGUGUGCUGAUCCUGAAAGCCUCUCGGGUGUUUUGUUUAGUGAUGCCGAGCUCAGGCGCUGCCAGGGGCCGCGGGUCCAUACAGCUGUAGCCCGGGUAAGGAGUGCAGUAGGCAACAAUGUCCUGUUGCGAUGUGGAACCAUUGGGGUUCCCAUCCCAGAGCUGGCCUGGAGGAGGGCAGAUCGGAAACCACUGAACGGCACAGUUCAACUGGAGAAUUCAAAGGAGGGAAUAGUUUGGUCUAUUUUAAGCGUGCCUGCUGUGUCCUACCGUGACACCGGAAAAUAUAUCUGCAAAGCUACAAAUUAUGCAGGAAGCGCAGAGGCUGUCAUUUCUUUAAUUAUAAGUGAUUCACCCAAGGCAGAAAAUCUGACUGGGGAUCCAAAAGCCAAAGUUAAAGCCAAGAGGCCAAACCCCAUUGUCAAGGCCGCCUACCAAGAAAAAGUUUUUGCCACUUAUAUUUCACCAACACCCAAGGCUGCAUUACCUGCUGGUGCCACUGCCAGUUAUGCAGGGCCAUAUCCAGGUAUGGAAAGGGACAAUGCUGCUAACAGUCGAACAAACACACAAACAGCUAGUCCUGAUGGGUACCUGGAGACCAAUCUGAGCAAUCUUGCUGCAAACACAUCCUCUCUUCAGCAAGACCCUGACAGGGUUGUCCGCUCUGUGAAAGUGAUCGGUGAUACAGACUACACCGUGUGUCUUAACUGGAGAGCGCCGACGGCAAAGAACACUACUGCGUUCAGCGUCCUCUAUGCCGUAUUCGGGGAGAGGGAUAUGCGCAGAAUCAACGUCAGCCCUGGCAAUAACAGGAUCACCAUCGAGGGACUCGUUCCAAAAACCAAAUACAUCGCUUGUGUGUGCGUAAAGGGCCUGAUCCCCAAAAAGGAGCAGUGUGUAAUCUUCUCAACAGAUGCGGCAGCGAGUGCUAAUGGAACCCAAAAGCUCAUUAAUGUAGUAGUGAUCACGGUUGCCUGCGUGAUAGCAGUGCCACUGACUGUGAUCGUGUGCUGCGGGGCGCUUAAGAGGAAAAUACAAAAGUUUUGGGGAAAAAAGUCCAAAGACAUUCAGGACUCGUAUGUGACGUUUGAGACGCUUUCUCCCAACACAAAGGCCAAAGGCUUGGAUGUGGAAUACCUCACCAGACUCAAUACAGAGGAGUCCAACAGACUGCUGUCUGCCAGGUCAAGCCUUGACUCUGAAUCCACAGCUAAAAUUGAAGGACAGCCAAAUGAAUAUUUUUGCUGACAAUAUCCCUCAGCCACAGUUCCACCACGCAGCCAACAGAGCAUCAAAGCCCAGCCGCAGUACCUGAGUGCACAUAAUCUGUACCAGCAGUACAUGACCGGCCAUGUGUAGGGCAACUUUUUGAUUUGUUGUUUAAGUAACAAAGUGCGCAACUAAAAAGUCAUAAUAAUGUUGCUCUUUGUUGCUGUGCUCUUGGACUUGGUUUCCAAACUAAGCCAUUUGGCUGGUGGUGGGGUUGUGGCUGAGCA